CGCAAGGUCGAGAGAUCUCCCAAGCUUGGGAUCCUGUUUUGCAGUGUCGCUUUGGCCCUGGAGUUGCAAACACCAAGAAAGACGCCAUGGGCCAACAAAAUUUUUUGAUUUUAUCGUUGGCUUGUUUUUUGUUCAAGCUAAUAAUUGCAGCUCCGAAUGUUUUUAGCAAUCCAGCUCAGCUUCCAGCCAAUUUUAUUCCAGUUCCUUCAGAGGGAAGCAGCCUCACCAGAUACACCAGUCAAUUCCCUCAACUCAGGGAAAAAAGAUAUGCACCCGGCUCUGGAUGUGAAAAUGCAAGUGAAUUCACUUGCUUUUCUGGGGAGUGCGUGCCAUUGGCUUCAACGUGCGAUGGUAUUCAAGACUGCAGCGAUUGGAGCGACGAGACUUACUCCCUUUGCAGAAUUUCUCAGUGUCCAAAUUAUGCAUUCCGAUGCAGCUACGGCGGUUGCAUAGAAAGGGAACGUGCUUGCGAUGGGAACAUGGACUGCUGGGACAAUUCAGAUGAACUUCUUCCAAGACGUCAGUGCGUUUCAACGCCUCAACCUCAGGACCUGGCAUUUAAGCAGCAAUGUGAAAGUGAUGGAUAUCAUUUUGGAUGUCUUGACACUACAAAAACUUGCAUCGAGAAGGAAAGGAUUUGCGACGGCACCCUUGAUUGCCCUGACGGAUCGGAUGAAACUGUGACCCAGUGCAGAGGAUUUAGAUGUCCUGCUGGAUCAUUUCGCUGUCAAUACGGUGGUUGCAUUAGCAAAGAUCUGAGGUGUAAUGGUAACCAAGACUGUGCCGAUAAUUCUGACGAGGAUGACUUCAUUUGCGGCUGCAGGGUGCCCAAAUUUCCUGAAAAGGCUUAUUACAAUGUUCUUGGGUGUCCAGGAAACAAAUUGGGGGAGUUAAAUACCAACGAUCCCAAUAUUUCUGAUAUUUGCAAGGGUCGCCCAGGAGUGUCUCUGGCGCCACCUUACACUGGCAUUCGCAUGUUCUGUGAACAACCCUACGAGCUUCCUGCUGCCAGGACUAAAGGGAAGGAUGCGUCUGCCGUGUCCUAUUGCAUCAAUGGACAUUGGAGGCCGAUUCUGCCUCUUUGCCGAGCGCCACCCCCCAGGCCUCAAGUUGGCACCCCGAGACCGGGAGGCACCAGACCUGGGCCUGCCACCUCCAGACCUGUGCAUUCUUCUGGAGGCCAGCCAUUGGCGCCGCAGCCUAUUGCCUCAACAGCUGCUCCAGUUGCAGCUGGACCUAAGAAGUGCCCGGCUCUAAUUUUGGAAACUGUAGAGCCCGAAUGUAUGUUGCAAGGUCGGAGAGUCACCUGCCUUGACCCUGUUGCCAUUGGCACUGAGGCCAAGCUCAGUUGCAAAGCGUUCCAUUCCGCAGAGCCCGAUUUCACCAAAAUCACGUGCAAAGAAAAUGGCCAAUGGAACAGGGAACCCUUCAAAUGCAAACCUGAAUGUGGAGAGCGCGUGCCAAAGGGCCAACUCUUUGUUGUGCAGGGUCGGGAGGCUGAGGUUGGUCAGUUCCCUUGGCACGCCGGCGUCUACUUCAUCAAGGACCUGAAAUUGCCCGAUCCGCCAAAGUUUUGGUGCGGAGGCUCUUUAAUUAACCGGCACUUGGUCUUGUCUGCCGCCCACUGCUUCUGGGACGAGGUGCAGGGAAAAGCGCGCUCCGCAGAAAACUUCAAAAUCGGUCUUGGAAAAUUCUUCCGCGAUUGGGUGGUUAAAACAGACUACACGCAGCUGAGAGAUGUGCGGCGCAUUGACGUACACCCAGAUUACAGAGGCUUUUCUCGGUCCUACGUUGCUGAUAUUGCGAUUGUCUGGAUCAAAGACUAUGCAGUUUUCACACCUUUUGUUCGGCCGGUCUGCGUUGACUGGCAAAACAGCUUUGAACGGGAGCAGCUUAUUCAAGGAAAUGUUGGACAGGUUGCUGGCUGGGGCAAAGACGGGAAUGGAAGUUUGACAAAUACUCUGCAGUUCCUGGAGGUUCCGUUUGUUGAGUACUCUCAGUGCGAGAAAAUAGUGCCUGCUGAGUUCAAACCACUUAUCACAACAGACAAGAUUUGCGCUGGCUUUACAAAUGGGUCAAGUGUAUGCAAUGGUGAUAGUGGCGGUGGCCUCACCUUUGAAAAGAAUGGCCGCUGGUUUGUGCGUGCCAUUGUCAGCGUGGGACCUGUGAAGCAGGGAGCCGGCACCUGCAACCCCAACCAGGUAACUGCUUACACCAGACUGUCCGUCUACCGAGACUGGGUUGAGGAUAUGCGAGACAGCGAGGCUACGCCAUCGUGAUCAUCUAUAUUGCUGCUAAAAUGGUUUAAUACUCGCUAUGCAUAUUUUUUCUCUUUUUACUUUUUAAUAAAAUAAAAAAUCAUUAUUAAUUAUAGA